CCGCCCCACUACUUAACGCGCUCCUCCUUGUCUCCACCUCCCUCUAACCAACUACGUCCCCCCAUCACUGCCUGCAUCGCUCCCAUCUCGCUCGCAUUGACACUCUAGUAGUACCCAACUCCACCUCACUUGAUCCAGUCGUUGCUGCACAGUCAUCAUACCCAUCAUGCGUCUGUCCUUCGCCGUCCUCUUCUCCCUCCUCCCGGCCAUUCUUGCCACCCCGGUCAAGCGCGCCGAGGACAUUGCGCCCCUCAACGUGGCUGGCGAGGUCAUCCCCGACUCGUACAUUGUCGUCUUCAAGAAGGGCGUGUCUGUUGACCAGAUCUCGCUCCACCUCGACAACGUUGCCGUCUGGCAGAACGCCGCUCCUCUCCAGGGUGUUGACGAUGGCCUCACGCACGUCUACGCCGACGAGAUCCCCAACUUCGACUUCUCUGGUUACUCCGGUCGUUUCUCGGCCGAGGCCCUUCAGGCUAUCCGCGAGGCCCCCGAGGUGGCGUACGUUGAGCGCGACCAGAUCGUCCGCACCCAGGACGACAUCAAGGGUGUCGACAACUUUGGCAGCGACAUUGAGACUGAGAAGGACGCUCCUUGGGGUCUCGCCCGUAUCUCGCACCGCGACACUCUCCGCCUCGGUACCUUCAACAAGUACGUUUACGACACGCACGGCGGCGAGGGCGUGACUGCCUACGUUAUCGACACUGGUGUCUACGUCCAGCACGAGGAGUUUGAGGGCCGUGCCAGGUGGGGUGCCACCAUCCCCUCUGGUGACCCCGACGAGGACGGAAACGGCCACGGCACUCACUGCGCUGGUACCAUUGGUUCGGCCAAGUAUGGCGUUGCCAAGGCGGCCGAAAUCGUCGCCGUCAAGGUUCUCCGCAGCAACGGUUCGGGCAGCAUGAGCGACGUCGUCAAGGGUGUCCUCUGGGCUGCUAAGGACGCCGAGAAGCAGAAGAAGGCCGGCGGUACCAAGCACAAGGGCUCGGUCGCCAACAUGUCGCUUGGUGGUGGCAAGGCUCAGUCGCUUGACGACGCUGUUGACGCCGCCGUCGAGUCGGGCCUCCACUUCGCUGUCGCUGCUGGCAACGACAACCGUGACGCUUGCACGUUCUCGCCCGCUGCCUCCAAGCUCGCCGUCACUGUCGGUGCGUCCACCAUCGGCGACGAGCGCGCGUACUUCUCCAACCACGGCAAGUGUGUCGACAUCUUCGCCCCUGGUCUCAACAUCAAGUCGACCUGGAACGGUAUUCCUCCCGUCAACACCAUCUCGGGCACCUCGAUGGCCUCGCCUCACAUUGCUGGUCUCCUCGCCUACCUCAUCUCAAUCGAGGGCAGCGACACCUUCUCCAUCCUCGAGGGUGCGCAGGAGCUCGUCCCCGUCGAGCACGAGGCCAGCGCCUACUCGCAGGCCUACGACCUCCUCCCCGAGCUUCUCCAGGCUGUCCUCCCCGCUCCCGAGGAGGAGGUCGUCGAGCUUGUCCGCGCCAAGCGCGAGCUCACCCCCGAGCGCCUCAAGAAGGCUCUUAUCGCUCUCGCCAGCCCCGGCAUCCUCAGCGAUGCCGGUGGCCGUUCGCUCCCCGCGGGCUCGCCCAACCUCCUUGCGUUCAACAACGCCACCUCGACCCGUCGUUAAGCGAUGCGGCAAGUGUUAAGGGGAGAGACGUGAGAAGUUGAGAAUUGAAUCCAGAAUCAGAAUCAUGAAGUCUUGUUGUGCACGUGACUCGCGACGCAAGUCGUGGGCACCUGUGACUGUGAACGAUGUACCACUAUGCAGUGCAUUUCCAGAA